AUGCCAUCCAGGACGAAGCCCAGCCCGGCCGCCGCGCCAGCAAAAGCGGUCAUUGCGACCCCCUCGACCUCCCAGAUCGGCGUCUCGAACAGCAACCUCGACUCUGCCCAGGUUCUACAGGCCUUCCGCGCCCUGUCCGCGCACACCUCGCGUCGCACCACCGUCCCUUCCUCGGCACUCCCCCUCGACGGCGCGUCUGGCAACCUUCGCGAUCCGUCCAACGCCGUCUACGUCCAGCUCACCCUCAACACCCUUUCGCCUACAUCGCACGUCAAGCCGGUGCGCAUCAACCUGCCGCACGCGCUUCACACCCCCGGUGAGGUGUCCGUUUGUUUGCUGGUCAAAGACCCGCAGCGCGAGUACAAGGACUUGCUCGUGGCGCAAAAGAUCAAGUGCAUCUCUCGUGUUGUCGGUGUCACCAAGUUGAAGGGCAAGUUCAAACCCUUCGAUGCACGAAGGGCGUUGGUGCAGGAGCAUGACAUGUUUCUUGCCGACAGCCGGAUUGUUCCCACCCUUCCGAAUUUGUGUGGGAAAGUCUUCUUUGAUGCCAAGAAGAACCCGCUCACCGUCAACCUCACCAAGCCCUCCCGGCUGGAGGAGGAGCUGGAAGGUGCUAUCAAGGCAACCACCUUCACCCAAAACAAGGGAAGCUGUACGACGAUCAAGAUCGGUUACAUGGCCAAACACACUCCGGAGGAGUUGACGGAGAACCUGCUGGCUGCGAUGCCCGCCGUGCUCAGCCGCGUCAAGGGCGGAUGGGAGAACGUGCACAAUGUGGAUGUCAAGACGGGCAAUUCGGCUGCGUUGCCGGUGUGGAACCAGAAGUUGGGGGUUAAGACGCACGCCACUCCCUCGGUGGAGAAGGUCGCAACGCCCGCGACACCUGCCAAGCGCGUGGCUGAGAUCCAGGAGGAUGCAACACCCUCCAAGAAGAGCCCGGUGAAGAAGGUCCAACUCGCCGAAACCGCAGCGGUCAAAACACCAAGCCCGAGAAAGACCCGAGCUGCCGCCGCCGCAAAGGCCAACAUCGCCGUCGAGGCUGCUGCUACCGCAACGCCCUCCAAGACCCCCGCAAAGGGUACCCCAAAGAAGAUCGCUUCCAGCGUCUCGAGGAGCGCCCGCAAUGUCAAGUAG